GUCGAGGCGCAAUUUCAGAAACGAGUCUGUUCGGCGGGCUUAGAGCCUCAUUCGACUGUAUAUUACGGGCCUGCGCCCCGGACGCGAUCAUGUCCCCCUAGAUUUUCACAUCUUGACCUGAUCCUGCCACACAGAAUUUUCAACCCUAUUUUCCCUGCGUAAAAAUGGCUCCACGACGAGGUGGGGGUGGAGGGUAUUCCUCCGGUUCACUCAGCGACAGCUGUCCUGGUGGUUUCGACACCUGGUUUUCCCAGGCCUCAAUCGCGUUCCCUGCGCUCUACUGCGUGGUUUUCUUGGUGUUUUUCUUUCUGACAGGACGUCGAGCACGGAAGGCCAAGGCUAGUGGUCUGGCCCAAUUUCUGACAUAUCUGUCUCUCACCUUCGCUUUCGUCCACGUGGUCCUACAAAUUGUCCUCGUCGCCCUGGCGCAAUGCCGCCGCAUUGACUCCAUCAGCUACUCCGCCGGCUCGAUGGCCAGUGCCUGGAUGAAUUCGUUGAUGUAUUACUCUCUGUUCGUGCUCAUCCUCGCUCCCAUAUGCAGCCGAGUGAACAACGGAUCCCCCCCCGUCAAGAUUGUCACCACCAUGGUUCUGGCAUUGCUGGGUGUCGUUAUGAUUGUCUACCUGUCUCUCAACACCCGACUCGUUCAUGGUACAAUGGCCGGUGACUACGACGUGCAAAUCAAAUACUUCGUCCAUACCAUACGACUGGGUACAGCUUACAAUGCGGUCGAGCUGGUCGCGAUGCUCGUUGCCGCGGGGUUGAUCCUGUCUGCGAUGUCUCGCGCCCCCCAUCUGCGCGCCAAGCCCAUCUUCAUCUCCCUGGUCGCUCUUGUCCUGUCUGCCGUCGGCGUCGGCGCCAUCAACCUGGCAACUAACAUCACGAACAGCUACACCAGGACCCGGUUUUACACCGAGUCGGCUGUUGCAUCGUACAUGGCUCAGGUGUUUCUCCAAUAUUUCUUCUACUCGUGCGCGUUGCUGAGCGCAGUCUACGUAUGGUCGUCGGACCAGCUCGAUGGUGGGCGGUUCAGCGUGCCUCCUCCGCCCUCUCCUCCUCAGUAUCCUGGGGACAUGCGCCCUUUUUAAGUGCACAUCCAUUCAGGGUGUAUUUUCCUGUAUCUUUGAUUUGUUUCUCUACCUAUACCCCAUAUGCAUGUGUAAUUCUGUCCACGAUUUACGUAUCUAACUAACUAGUCCAAUAAUAUAUACACCAACAUUUACUGUAUUGUGAUCUUUGAAUCCCUAUCCCACUACACGUGCGUGAUGUACUAUCAUGUGGCGGGAAGAGAUAUACUGUCGGAACCUCAGUCAUAGCAAGCCCGGCAGAAUGGCAAUUGUCAAGGUAUCUUGGUGCAGUGGCUUUCAUAUACCAAUUGUAUCC